AACUGUCAAAUGUAGUCUGGUUGCUCCUAUGAACAUUUUAUAAACACAUUAAUUUUAAAAUUAUAAUUUUAUUUGCUACAAUAUCGUGAUUUGAAAAUGGUGCUCAUAGCGGCUACAGUAUGCACGAAAUCCGGGAAAGCAUUGGUUUCUCGUCAGUUUGUGGAGAUGACGAAAGCGCGUAUCGAGGGUUUGCUUGCGGCGUUCCCGAAACUAAUGACUGGCGGCCGCCAGCAUACCUUCGUUGAAACGGAAUCAGUCAGAUAUGUGUACCAACCGUUAGACAAGUUGUAUAUGUUACUGAUCACUACGAAAGCCAGCAACAUCCUGGAGGAUUUGGAGACACUCCGACUAUUCAGCAGAGUGGUACCAGAGUACUGCACUCAGUUGACGGAGGCUGAGGUAUUGAACCAGGCCUUUAACCUACUGUUUGCAUUUGAUGAGAUUGUGGCACUCGGCUACAGGGAGAGUGUCAACUUGGCACAGGUUCGUUCAUUUGUCGAAAUGGACUCUCAUGAGGAGAAGAUUUAUCAAGCAGUCAGACAGACACAAGAACGCGAAGCGGCCAAUCGUAUGCGAGAACGUGCCAAGGAGUUGCAGAGGGAGAGGUUAGAAGCAGCCAAGCGCGGACAACCACCGCGCUCACAAAUGUCUUACGGUAGUGGAUUUGGCAGUUCAUCGAUGUCGUCACCUUCUGCAGAGGUUGUUCCAGAGAAAUUGCCGCCAACACCUGCGCGAGACACUCGUCCGGCCACUCGGUCAGCCAUGAAGCUGGGAUCCCGUGGCACCGACGCGGAGUCGUUCGUGUCCCGGCUACGCUCCGAGGGGGACGUCGCGGCGGCCUCCGCCAGCCCCGCGGUCAACACCGGCUCCACUGCAGGUGCUCGGACAGACCAGCCGGCUGUUAAUCAAAAGGAUGUCCAUCUCCGCUUCGAGGAACGUCUCAAUUUGGUUGCCGGCCGUGAUGGAGACAUACAGAACUUCGAGUUAUCUGGCUUAUUGACGCUGCGCAUUACUAACGAGCAGUUCGGUCGUAUACACGUGCAUGUUGACAAUAAGGAUACGAGGUCGUUACAACUACAGACUCAUCCGAACGUGGACAAGGAGGCAUUCAGGUCGCAGGGCGUGAUCGGACUGAAGCAGACGCAGCGUCCGUUCCCGCUGCACAGCGACGUGGGCGUGCUCAAGUGGCGACUCACGGGCGCCAAUGACGACAAGCUCGCGCCGUUCUCCGUAAAUUGUUGGCCAUCGGAGGGCGCCAGCGGCGGCUGCGACGUGAACAUAGAAUACGAGUUGGAGCAAGAACAUCUGACGCUGACCGACGUUAACAUCAAUAUUCCAUUACCUUCUGGCAACACUCAAGUAGUGGUGCACCAGUGGGAAGGUAGCUACACACAGAAGGGCCGCUCGCUGAUAUGGAGCAUUCCCAUUGUUAACGCACAGCAAAAAUCCGGCAGUCUUGAGUUCACCGUAACUCCAGCAAUACCUAACGAUUUCUUCCCUCUAACGGUGAGUUGGGUAUCGGAGACUUCGCUGGCACUCCUCACAGCGACGAAGGUGACGCAGGCGGAAGACGGAACCCCUGUCGAUUAUUCACAGGAAAUAAGCUUCCACCCCGACAAGUACGAAAUCGUUUGACGUGUCCACUGUUACUUUAUAAUUUACAAUUCAUAUAAUUUAGAUCGUUAUAGCAUUCCUUUUAAAAGAAAGUUACUGUACAUACAUUGUCGUGAGUAUAGAUGGAGAUAACUAAAGUCGAUUAUCGAUUUUAUUUUUCUCACGAUUAAUUGUAUAUUCAUAAAUAUUAUAAUUUAUCGAAAAAGCACAUCAAAAGUGCAAAGUAUAACUUUAUUUUUAGAAACU